AUGUCUCUGAAUAUCUCGAGCUUGAACAGCACUCUUCACGCGCAGCCGGUCCUUACGAACAAUGUCCUCGCGCUCGUGUUCGGAGUGAUGCUCAUCAUUGCGAUCAUAUGUGGAAAUGUACUCGUGUGCAUCAGCGUUUAUAAAGAAAAGGCACUGAAGACGACGACAAACUAUUUCAUUGUGAGUUUAGCUGUUGCUGAUCUGCUGUUGGCCGUCCUUGUUUUGCCACUGUUUGUCUAUGCGGAGUUUCAAGGUGGCGUUUGGUCCUUGAAUUUGGCUCUUUGUGAUGGACUGAUGACCAUGGAUGUGAUGCUCUGUACAUCAUCUAUAUUCAAUCUUUGUGCGAUCAGUGUUGACAGGUUUAUUGCUGUGUCUAUACCACUGAACUACAAUCGCAAGCAUGUUGGCCAUCGUCAGAUUCUCUUACUGUCCGCCACAUGGCUCUUGGCCCUUGCCGUGGCCUCACCCAUCAUUUUUGGAAUUAACAAUGUUCCACAAAGGGACCCAAGAGAGUGCAAACUAGAAGACAACAAUUACGUGGUGUAUUCCUCCGUAUGUUCCUUUUUCAUUCCCUGCCCCAUAAUGCUCCUACUGUACUUCGGGAUGUUCCAUGGCUUGCGCAAAUGGGAAGAAGCUCGCAAAGCCAAACUAAGAAGCGGUAUUCGGGCCUGUGGGAGGCUGCAGCACGCCGCAGGGGCCACCGCAUUUCCUCCGUUGGGGGCUCUGCCCCGGGUCAUUGAGAGGGAUUUGACUCAGUCCAGUCUCGAAGAGCUACACGACUUAACACAGACCUCGUGCCCCUUUCCACCAGAGUAUAAAAACAGCUCCAUCCAAAGGGUGGUUUACCCGGAGAUUCGCAAUGGCCAACCAGCCAAACAAAAGAAGAGGGCUAAGAUCAAUGGCAGAGAGAGGAAAGCUAUGAGGGUUUUGCCUGUUGUUGUUGGUGUCUUCCUCUUUUGCUGGACUCCGUUCUUUGUGGUUCACACCACGAAAGCUCUGUGUGAAUCAUGUCACAUCUCUCCAUAUCUGAUUAGCACAGUGACAUGGUUGGGUUACGUUAACAGUGCCCUGAAUCCUAUCAUCUACACUGUUUUUAACACCGAGUUCAGGAAAUUCUUCAGAGGAUUUCUCAAUCGCUGUUGUUGA